AUGAAGAAAAUCUCCUAUGCUUCUGUUGUUGAAAGCUUAAUGUAUGCUCAAGUGUUCACAAAACCUGACAUUUCUUUUGCUGUCAGAAUGUUAGGAAGAUACCAGAGUAACCCGAGAUUAGACCACUGGAGAGCUGCGAAGAAAGUGAUGAGGUACCUCCAAGGUAAUAAGGAAUACAAACUAAUGUUAAGACGAACUGACAAUCUAGAAGUAGUUGGCUACUCAUAUUCAGACUUUGCUGGUUGUGUUGACUCACGUAAAUCAACCUCUGGUUACGUGUUUAUGUUUGUCGAUGGAGUUAUGUCAUGGAGGAGUACCAAACAGACAUUGACUGCUCCUUCUACUAUGGAGGUCGACUUCGCUUCCUAUUUUGAGGCUACAUCGCAUGGUGUAUGA